GCCCCUCGCUCUGUAUCUGGCAUGUCAUUCUUCCUUCUUGCCUUGGCCCUUGAUGCCGCUGGCCCCCCCGUGCCCUCUCUCUGUGUUCACAGCGCUCUCCUCUCCAUGUGCGCCUCUCCCGCCAGCCAGCAACCUCAACUUCAACUACCUCUACGACAGCGUGCCCUCCACUCUGCUCAACAUGCCGUCCCUCACCGAAAUGUCACCGGCUGAGUGCCAACUACCUGACGGGCACGCUGCCAGCUGUGCCCACCAAGCUCAAGUACCUGGCCGUCAACCACAACUUCUUCGCGGCCCCUUCCCCUCGCAAGCCUUCCAGUUCUGUGACAUCCGCAGCAACUGCUUCUAUGGGCUUGGCACGUGCACCAACCCCAACGGCGUGGGCCAGCGCUCCUCUGACUGCGCCAUCUGCGCCACCACCAACGCCACCCCGCCCCUCUGCGGCGGCGCUCCCUGCGUUCUCAACGCCACAGCCGCCCUGGCGGCUGGCACUGUCAACAGCCUCGGCGCCGCCCCUCAGCCGUUCUACUGCGGCCCUGCCCCCAUCGACCCCACUGCCGCGCAAGCGCUGCUGGUGCUGAGGGCGGCGCUGGGAGUGACGGAGACGACCUGGCUGGUGGACUCGCCGUGCGACGUGGCGGGCAACCCGCCCAUGCCCGGCAGCUGGGCGGGUGUCGGCUGCGACACCACCGGCCAAGUCCUCACCCUGUCAGUGCCGCUCGCCCUGCAUGCCCUUGCACCGCAUUGCCCCAUGCAAACACGUCCAUCCUUUCCUGACCCACCCUCAUUUCUUGCUCUUCCUAACUGCUGUCCCCAUCCCCCCGGCAAUCGCAGCAACAUGGCGUCCAACCUGUUGGAGGCACGCCUGGGCGAGUGGGCCACGGCGCUCUCCACCCUCACGGCACUCAAGCACCUCAACCUACAAUUCAACUACCUCACCGGCAGCAUCACGGGCGUCCCAACAGCGGCCCUCAAGACGAUCAACGUGGCGUCCAACAUCCUGGCAGGCUCCUUCCCAGCAUCCUCCACCACCAUGUGUGACGCGCGCAACAACUGCCUGCUCGACGCCUCCAAGUGUGUCUCCUCGGGCUCCUCUGCGCAGCGCACUGCUGCCGCCUGCACCAUCUGCGGUGGCAGCGCCUCCACGGUGCUGUGCGGUGGGGGGGUGUGCGCGCCCAACACCGCCACGCCGCUCGCCACCAAGACGCCCAACAGCGCCUCCGUUGCCGUGCUGCCGCUCGUCUGCACUGGCGUCCGCGUUGACCCCGCUGCCCUGCCGAUCCUGGCGAACAUGAAGACGGCGCUGGGAGUGCCGCACCAAGGGUGGGGCGUGCAGACGCUGUGCUGUGUGACCAAUCAGCUGAGGGGGCCGGACGACAUGUCGGGCGUCUACUGCAGUGAGCAGGGCACCGUGGUCGACUUCUUCCUCAAGCAGCGCCUCAUGCGCGGCAUCAUGCACCCCGGCAUCUCCAAGUUCACCGCCCUCACAGAACUGGACGUGUCAAGCAACUUCCUGUCUGGCCCCUUGGACCCGUUCAUCUCGCCGCUCACCGGCCUCACCGCACUCAAGAAUCUCAUCAUGAACUACAACUUCUUCUCGGGCUCCAUCCCCUCCGCCAUCUCAGCCAUCAAGAGCCUCACCAUGCUGAGCCUGGGGUGGAACUACCUGACGGGGUCGGUGCCGGUGCUGGGGGCAGCGGUGCAGGUGCUGGAUCUGGAGAACAACUGGCUCAUCGGCAAGUUCCCCGCCACCACCAAUUGGCCCAUCUGCACGGCGCGCGCCAACUGCUUCUCCGACCCCACGGCCUGCAAGAACAACAACAACCAGGGCGUCACGCAGCGCGCCUCAUGUGCCAUCUGCAACAGCGCGGACGGCACGGGCACGCUGUGCAGCAACAACAUCAUCUGCCAGCCCGACCCGGCGGGUGUCAAGGCCUCCACUGCCCUCCGCACCCCCACCACCCCCCUGCUCGCCUUCACCUGCCCCCCUACUCCGCCCGUCACCACGGACGCCACUGCAGCAUCGGCGCUGAUGAACAUCAAGACGACGCUGGGAGUGACGUACACCAACUGGGCGGCCUCCUCCUCCUCCUGCAGUGUUGCUGGCAGCUUGAGCGCGGGUGGCUUCACGGGCGUUGAGUGUGACUCACUGGGCAACCCCGUCAAGAUCACCCUGGACAGUCAGAAGCUAUCUGGCAUUCUGCAUGCUGACAUCACCAAGCUGACAGCACUCACAUCUAUCUCGCUCAAGUCGAACCUCUUCAGGGCGCGUCUGGAGGAGUUUGGCAGCCGGAUUCCAUCGCUGCCCAACCUCGCAGUGCUCCUGCUCGACUUCAACUGGUUCUUUGGCAGUCUGCCUCCGGCAAUCAUUGGCAUGCCCAAGCUCACACGCCUUGGCCUGUCCUACAACUACCUCACAUACCGUGUGCCGCCGGUGUCAGCAGCGCUCAAGGACAUCGACGUGGGCUUUAACUUCCUCUCGGGCUCCUUCCCUGCCAACACCGCCACGUCAUGCGGCGCCAACAACAACUGCUUCCAGGCCGUCACUGGGUGCACCACCAAGGGCACGGUGCAGCGCAGCACAAGGUGCAGCUUCUGCGAGUCGAGCACGGGGCAGGGCAUGCUGUGCUACGGCUAUGGCGUCUACACCGUCGACGCCUCCGCACCCUUCAACGCCGGCACUCCCAAUUCUGCCGGCGCUGCCACGCUGCCCCUGGCUUGCGUCAACAUGGUGUGCGGCUCCGCGUCACCCGUCCUCUGCCCUUCGGACUGGCGCUGCACCGGGCUGCAGUGUGUCAAGAGUUUCACCAAUUGCAUCGGCUACCUCUGCGUGCCCUAG